ACUGGCGCUUUUUUAUAGUGGAGUCAGUCUCAGAGAGAGAAAUUUGUAUCUAUAAAAAUCGAAUUCAACUUCCAAUUUCACUCACCUUCCACUCCCUCUCCCUCUCCCUCUCCGCUACGAUCAUCACUUCCCAAUUCUCAUAAGCAAGUUUCGAUUUCUAAAGUUCUUCACUUUAUUAUUAUUAUUAUUAUUAUUAUUAUUUGCUUUAAAUUUCAAUUUUAGUUAAAAUACAAAUCUUUCUUCCUGGGGUUUUAUCGUUUGAAGAAGAUCAAGAAUCAACCCAACGAGCACAGAUUGUAAACUCAAUUUAUCAUUUUGGUGAGUUGUGCCUCUGCAAUUUUCCAUUAAAGUUUUCCUUCCAAACCCGUGACCCCACAUGAAUCAUCUUGGGAUGUAUCAAGUCAAUUCCAGUUUAUGUUUGUUAUUGUUUUAGUUGAAGUGGUAGCAUAAACAACUUCUUCCAAGCAAGCCAACGCAGGUAUGGAUCAACGAGGGCAUGCACAGGCUUCUGCAGCAGGCGAGGUUGGAAGUACAGCUCCAGUUCCAUAUGGCAUAUCAUCGUAUCAACCUAAGCAGAUGAUGGGACCUGCUGCCUCUGGAUCACUUCAAUCUGCUGCUCAGCCAUCAGGUGUCGCUGCAUCUCAAGCUCAGCACCAACUUGCUUAUCAGCAUAUCCACCAGCAACAGCAAGAGCAACUGCAGCAGCAACUCCAGACUUUUUGGACAAAUCAGUACCAAGAAAUUGAGCUGGCAACUGAUUUUAAGAAUCACAGUCUGCCAUUGGCUAGGAUCAAGAAAAUUAUGAAGGCAGAUGAAGAUGUAAGGAUGAUAUCAGCUGAAGCUCCAGUCAUAUUUGCUAGAGCCUGUGAGAUGUUCAUUCUGGAAUUAACUUUGCGGUCUUGGAAUCACACAGGGGAGAACAAAAGGAGGACACUCCAAAAAAAUGAUAUUGCUGCAGCAAUUACUAGGACUGAAAUUUUUGAUUUUCUAGUUGAUAUCGUGCCAAGAGAGGAUUUGAAAGAUGAAGUGCUAGCAUCGGUCCCAAGAGGGAGUCUUCCGGUUGGAGGCCCAGCUGAAGCUAUCCCUUACUAUUACAUGUCACCUCAGUUUGCACCGCAGGUCGCCGCUCCUGGAAUGAGUGUUGGUCAGCCUGUGGUGGAUCAAAAUCUGUAUGGCCAACAGACUCGUCCUUAUGUUACACAGCCAAUUUGGCCGCAGCAACAGCAGCAGCCACCUUCGGACUCUUGAGCAAACAGUACAUUUCCAAGUGGUUAAAAACCUGAGGAGCGCAUUGUUCGUCUUAGUUUUUGUUUGGAACUUUGUCUUUUUUUUUUAAUGGAAGUUACAACAUGCUUCAGGUUAAUGGUUUCGAUGUUUUCUUUUUGUUAGGUUAUAUAGCGAAGAACAUGGAUUCUGCUGUUGUAGAUAAUUUUGUUGGUCAUAUAAGAUCAAGAUUUCGCAGUUCUUUUA